UAUCGUCGUCGUAAAACUAAAAGCUAUUUGAACUUCGAAUCCUCGCUCGAUUCUAAAGAAAAUUUCCAUGGUUCGAUUCAGUUUCAGUUCUCAUGUCCGAAGACGAACAAGUUCUCUGUUUUUGUAAUCGAAAGUUCCGCUCUUUUUCUUCUUUUUUUCCUCGUUAGGGUUCUCUCUGUUCUGCUCGAUAAGGCAAUUUAUUCAACUUUGAUUCCCAGGAACAGUGUUCUCAAAGAUGAACAGGAGUAGCAACUCCGAAGGUGCCAAAGCAGAGCAGAUCAUAUUCGAGUUCUUCGCUAAAACCCUCCACAUCAUCCUCGAAUCAAGGACUCCUUUCAUGUCUUCAAGAAACUUCAGUAGUAGCGGCGAGCAGAUGAUCUGCUCACCUUCCUCAUCUUCUUCGUCUUCCUCCAGCGUCAGGCCUCGUGACAAAUGGUUCAACUUAGCUCUCAGGGAGUGUCCUGCAGCCUUGGAGAGCUUCGACAUCGGCCGCAGAAGCACUUUAGAGCCUUUGGUUGUCGAUGUGGUUCUUGUUGCAAGGGCAUUUGAUCAGAUGAAUUCUCCAGGUGGGAGAGAGCUUAUCAGGAACUUCUCCGGGAAAGAGUAUAACUCUGAUCAAGAUGAUUGUGAAACCAAGAACGAGCAGAUCAUUGAGAGAUGGCUUGUGCAGUAUGAUAAUAGGAAGGUUAGGGAAAGGAGGUCAAGUAGUAGUAAUAAUAAUAAGCUGCAAGUGAUGUAUAAGAAAGCAACUUUGCUUCUGAGAUCACUCUUUGUGAUGGUUAGGCUUUUACCUGCUUACAAGAUCUUCAGAGAACUCAACUCAUCUGGACAGAUCUUCAAGUUCAAGCUUGUCCCUAAGGUUCCAACCAUAGUUGAGCCAUUUACUCGUAUAGAAGAGGCAGAGAUGCAGAAGUUUGCUUUCACGCCGGUUGAUACCAUCUGCGGUAGGCUUUGCAUGUCGGUGUUGUAUCGAUCUCUCUCAGACGUCAGCUGCAGCCAACAGUCAGCUCCUGUGUCUCCGACGUUUAUCACCGAUUACGUUGGAAGUCCCUUGGCUGAUCCUUUGAAAAGUUUCCCUUCUCUGCCUCUUUCUUAUGGUUCGCCGCCGUUGAUGUCGUUUCAGAGGCGUCAUAGCUGGAGUUUUGAUAGGUACAAGGCCUCUCCACCUUCGGUCUCUUGCUCACCGUCGCCUACACGGUCUGAUUCACAAGCGUUGGUUACUAAUCCUUGUUCUCGUCGCCUUCCUCCUCAUCCUUGUCAAGAUUUUACUCCUCCUUGUUCUCCUUCAGCACAUGCACAAGCCUUCCCAAGAAGCAUCACGCGUACUGAAAGUGCUCCAGUUAGGAUUCCAGCUCCUACUUUUGAGUCUAAACAGAACGUGGUGGUGCCACCUUCUUCUCAUUUAAAGUUGUCGAGACAUGCUUCUUUGAAGCCUGUGAGAAACACUGGUCCUGUUGAAUCUGGAGCAGCGUUGGAGAAGAUGCAUAUCUAUGGGAGGGAAGACUUUAGGAGGAACUCUGGGGUGAAGCUAUCAUCCAACAGCUCACCGAGGAUAUCAUUUUCUAGAAGUUCAAGUAGAUCAUACCAAGAUGGUUUUGAUGAUACUGAUUUUCCUUGUCCAUUUGAUGUUGAGUAUGACGAAAUUACAGAUUCUAGUAGUAGCAGACCAGGCUCCUUUGAACAGAGAGGAGAUGCACAUGAACCACCACCACUCGAGUCGAGCGGUUCAUACCCAAAAAAGUCACAAGAUGCAGCAGUCGGUGCUCUAGUGAAUAUGCUGAAGAAAGCUCCACCUCUCAGACAAGACGUCUCUGAAUCUUCCAUACCUGAACUUUGUUGGAAGAACAACAAGAACAAACCUGGAGGGGGUCAGGAGAUAGCAACGGCGUCAAUGACAGCGUCAGGGAUAGCUCUGGCGGCAAAGACAACAGCUGAUGCCUUGGAAGAGCUGAGGUCUUACAAAGAAAUGAAGAAUGUGUUACUUAGCGAAUCCACAAAGGACUCCUCACCCUUUGCUGUUUCAGAAUCUUGAUCCCUUUCUUGGUAUAUUGGUCUUUGGUUUGGUUCUGGUUUUGAUUUUACAUAAUGUGCCUAUAUAUACUAUAAGCUCUUGAACCGUAUCAUGUAAAUAAAAACUUAGUGAAAUUGCAUCCAUAAUUAACUCAA